GCAUUGACUGAACGGCGGCUACACGUGCGUGAAUUAAGUUAAUAAAAAUAACAAUAAAUUAAGCAUGUCGCUCUUACGCAUCAGAAAACCAAAAACCCGUAAGGGCAAGAAAGUUCUGCUGGCCCGCGAGCCGCAGCUCAUCGAGUCGGCUCGCAGCAUGUUAUUUGUGGACGGACGCAAAUGCAGUGGAAAUGUGAAAUUGUGCAUGAGGGAUCUGCAGCAACUGAAAAAGCCACUGGUUAAGAUUCUACAUCGCAAGAACGACAUUACACCCUUCGAUGAUCCCUCCUCCUUGGAGUUUUUGACUAUGAAAAAUGAUACGGCGCUGUUUACAUUUGGAUCAACGUCUAAAAAGCGUCCUGACAACAUUCUCAUUGGUCGCAUCUUCGAGAACGAGGUGCUGGAUAUGUUUGAGCUUGGGAUUAAGCGAUAUCAGUCCAUCGCCGAGUUCAAGAACGAUAAAAUUGGUGCUUGUGUGAAGCCCUGUUUGGUAUUCAAUGGUCCCAAGUGGGCCCAAACGGAGGAAUUACGACGCUUGCGCAGCAUGUUCAUCGACAUGUUUCAGCGGGAGAAGGUCGAGUCCAUACGGCUGCAGGGUGUGGAGCAUGUGCUCAGCUUCACCGUCACAAACGACAUGAGUGUUCUGAUGCGUUCCUACAAAAUACUGCUAAAGAAGUCGGGUCAAAAGACGCCGCGCAUUGAACUGGAAGAGAUUGGACCAUCGGCUGAUUUUUCAGUUCGUCGCACCAAAAUUGCAUCAGAGGAUCUAUACAAGCUGGCAAGAAAGCAGCCCAAGCAACUGCGAGUAACCAAGAAGAAGAACAUCAGCACCGAUCCCCUGGGCAAUACAAAGGGUCGCGUCCACAUGGGCAAACAACAGACGGGCUCCAUUCAAACGCGUCGCGUGAAAGCGCUCCGAAAGACGCCGGAGGAGAAGCGCGAGAAUCGCCAGAAAAAGAAGGUGGCCCUAAAGGCGGCUGCACUUGAGGCCUUGGCAGCAUCCGAAUGAGUUCCACAACAAGAGAAUAAAGGAUAACUGGCCUUAGAUUUAAGUUAGUUGUAAUUGCAAUAAAUUGGUCCAGCUUAAAAUAUAGUUAAUAUCAUGACUA